AUGGCCGACUUGCAAGAACUCUUCAGUCGCCUGAAAAGCCCUGCUGCUGCUUCAUCAAACGACCAGCAGCAUCAGCAAGCUCAACAACCUUCCAUCUGGGCUCAACCUCAAUCCCAGCAGUAUCAACAGCCUUCUGUGUCGUCGCCCUUGUUCUCUCCUGCUAUCCAUACUCCCAAUCCUCAACACCCGUCGGCAAUCAUGAGCCCCAGUCAUACACCUGCUCCCGGUGACUCGAAGUCCAACGAUCUCUUGAACUUGCUCAAGUUCAACUCAAACCAGCUUGCCUCUGGCAUGAGUCCUUUGGCCUCUCUGCAGAACAUUGCUGCUCAGAACCCAUCUCCUCAGCUCCACCCUGCACAGCAACAAUCCCGCUCUGUCUCGGCUUCAGAUCUUGUCGCCUCCUUCAACCAGAAGCCAUCGAGCGCCUCUUCUCUGCGUAUCUCCAUGCCUUCGCCUCAGCCCGACCAAAAGGCACAGCAGCCUCUGGGAGAUGCUCAGAACUUUCUCCUCGGUCUUCUGAACCGUCCCAAGAACGCCUCCGCCGCGGGUUUCUCUUCGCCAGCCGUGCAGCCUGCUCAAGUUCCCGAGCCAGUCAUUCACGAGCCCGUUCUUUCCAUAGACGUUGCUGAUCUCCAAGACCCCUCCGUCCGCCUCUUCGGUAGCGCCGGAUCCCGCGAGACCACUCCAUUCGAAGGCCCUUCUCAAGCAAAGAAGCCAGUCUUCACUUACGUCAACCCCUUCGAGCAGAUGACUGCUUCGUCGCCCCAACCCGCCCUCAAGACCGAGGGUCCCAAGCAUCAACGCGAUGUCUCCCAACCUGAAGACACGGACAACGGUCCUCCCAAUGCAAAGAACCGCAAGAUCACAUCUUCUCUUCCAUNNCACCUUCUCCUUCUCCUCGUCCAGCCCAGCCCUCGGCCGACGCUCACCAAAGCGUGGCCGAAGCUCUCAGCGGCGUUGGCGAGAAGGUCGACAAGCAAGUUGAAAAAGCACUUGCCCAAGCCGACGGUGCCAUAUCUUCUGCCUCGAAAGAGCAGACCAAGGCUACUGAGGAGGNUCGCCGAUAGUUGGGAGAGCGCUGAUGCCGACGAGUCUGGUAAGGACAGCAAAGAUUACGCUGUUCGCGUUUACAACUUCCCCAUGAGACCUUUUGUCUCCAUUACCAUCAACAAGGACAGCCAGGCCACUGCUAUGCGUUCCGAUUCGCUCAUGGACAUUGCUCGUCUGAAGAAGGAGUUCGAGCAAAUCGAUCGCGCGCUCGUCACCGCCUCGCCCAACCACAUUGUCUAUGCCAUGUCUAAGAGUGGCGGCUUCCGUGUGAUCCGUCAGGACUCUGGUAAGGACAAGCAGGUCUUCCGCUCCACCGCCGAGCGCGUCUUCAACGUCCAGAUCUGCACUGCCAGCGGUGCUCACAAGGACAUUGAGACAGUCCUCGCUACCGGAGUUAACGGCUCUGUCUUCUGGACCAGCAUCAACAAGGUCGAGGGCGAUUCAUUCGACGACCUGGACCUUGAGUCGCAAGGCUUUGUGCUGCCUCCUGUGCCUGUUCAAGACGACAACACCUCUGGCAGCCCUGUUAAGACCAGAGCCAAGAUGAGCUCGCGCAACGCAGACUUCUUCGCCAUCUCGAGAGGCAAGUCCAUCUACAUCAUCUCGCCUUUCGUUGCCCGUCAGAACCAGUACACCGACAAGAAGACCCGCGUCGUCGACAACGACAAGUACUUGCAAGAGCGUUGUUUGAAGAUCUCUACUGGCAAGGCUGGUAAGGAUUUUGCCUUCAGCGGCGACGACAGUCUGCUGGCAUCGCUGGACAAGAGUGGACGCAUUAAGUUCUGGGACAUUCGUGACAUGGCACAACAAGCCCGCGAAACCGCUUCGUCUGGCAAGCGUCCCGCUUUGGAGCGCAAGGAUCCUCUGCUCACUUUGACAACGACUCUUCCUGCUGAGAAGGCCACUCCUUCCUCCAUCAUGUUUGUUGACAAGGAGAGGCCAUGCGUUAAGGGCGUUGCUCUCCGCUACCUGCUUGUUGGCUUGAAGCAAAACCACAUUCUUCAGCUCUGGGAUCUUGGCCUCAACAAGCCUGUCCAGGAGCUCUACUUCCCUCACGACAAGGACUCUGAUGCCAUCUGCAGCAUCUCCUACCACCCCAAGACGGGCAUUAUCGCUCUCGGCCACCCUACACGUAACUCGAUCUACUUCAUCCACCUGUCGGCUCCUCGCUACAAUAUCCCUAGCAUGGAUCAAGCCAGGUACACGACCAUGCUUGCUGAGCAGGACCCCAACCUGCCUCGUCCUGAGUCAACUGCUAUCAUGAGCGGUAUUCGCGAGCUGUCUUUCGCUUCCAAGGGUCAACUGCGCAGCGUGGACAUGCUUCACACCCCUGUCGCUUCCGAGGCCUCCAGCGACGUGCUCUUUGAGCUCUAUGCCAUGCACUCUAAGGGUGUCACUUGCAUGAACAUCAAACAUGAGGACUUGGGCUGGAGCCGUGACAACAAGGUUCUCCACCCUGUCGAUGCCGAGGCCUCGGGCCUUAUUUCGGUUGCCAGCAUCUCUCCCAACGCAACUACAGCAGAGGCGCCUGCCAAGUCCGCAAAGGCUGCUGCACCUCCUUCUCCCCAGAAGUCUGAGCCUGUCAAGCCCGCCGCCGCAGCUGCUACAAAGCCUGCCACCAAGCAGGAGCCUGUGAUUAACGGUGCCCCCAAGGUUGAGAAGUCGAAGAAGGCCAUUCCUGAACAGAGCACUGUCGAGACCGCCACCAACCCUGCCAUUCUCACUCCCGCCUCUUACGCUCUGGCCGCUCGUCCCAAGGUUNUCAGCCGCCGAGGCUGCCUCCCCUCAACAAAGGAGCCUAUUGCUGCUGUCACACCUUCACCUGCACCUACCGAGAAGUCUGCAAAGACCACCGAGGCUGCCGUUUCUGUCGACGCUGAGACUAUCAACAAGGCUGUCAGCGAUGUUUUGUCCAGAGAGAUUGACUCGCUGUACCGUAGACUCGACGAUGACAAGCGUAUUCAGGACGCUGCUGCCGCUGCCAAGCAGGAUGCUGUGCUUCGUCUUGUGUCUAGCACUUUGACCGAUAACGUGGAGAAGACUCUUAACAAGAUCAUCGCCACCAACAUCACCAGCAGCGUCGUUCCUGCUAUCGUUGAGACAAGCUCGACCUUGUUGAACGAGAAGCUUACCUCAGCAGUCUCUCAGCAUGUUGCUAAGAUUGUGCCAGGCGAGCUCAAGGCUUCUUUGGCUCCCGCCAUCGCGGCUGCCCUGCAGGACAAGGAGCUUCAGCGCGUCAUCUCUGAGCAAACCGCUUCCAAGCUAUGCCCUCAGAUUGAGCAGUCAUUCGCUACUGUUCUGCGCAACUCGAUCGUUCCUACCUUCACAAACCUUGCCCAGACCUCAACCAAAAAGGCCGUCGCAGAUGUCGAGCGCCGCUUCACCGAGCAGCUUCGUGAUGCUGAGGUACAGCGCCAGAAGGACAACGCCAAGCUCGAGCAACUCUCGGACUUGGUUCUUGGACUCUCAAAGACAAUCCAUGAGAUGGCCGCUGGACAGUCGGCCUUCCAAGAGCAGAUCCUCAAGCUCCAGCGCCAGAUUGCCGGCGACAACUCAGCACGUUCUGCUGUCUCUACCGAAGCCGACGUUAUGCCUUCAAUCGAAGAUCCCGAGUUGGACGGCAUAACAGCCCUGAUGACGCAGGGCAGAUAUGAGGAAGGAACCAUUCAGUGGCUUCAGUCUGAACGUCAGGGCGAGCUUUUCGACAAGCUCUUUGUCCGCAUCAAUCCUCAAUACCUGCAGAGACUUAGCCCAUUGGUGUCUCUGUCUGUGUCAGCUGCCCUGACUUCCUCGUUCGAGCAGCACAUCGACGAGCGUCUCUCUUGGCUCAGCACUGUCUUGUCUACCAUCAACCUCAACGAUGCCGAGAUCAGAGAGGUGGCACCCAAGAUCAUGGAUGUUCUCCAGCAGCGCAUGCAGGGAGCAUACAUGUCGAUUGCCGAGAACAACCAACAGGACCCUGUCUUGCGCAUCGUCUCUGGUCUCUCUCGCCAGAUCAACGACAUCAAGAAGUUCGCCGUCCACGGCCUCUAA